CGAGAGCCUGUUCGGUCCACCUCCACCGCUGCCUGACCCACCCGCCCCAUCUGUCAGUUAUACCGGGACUUAGGUGGUGGUUUUCACGGGAAAGAUAGCUAUGUCGGAGGUACGGAGAUUUACCAAAAGGUUGAGUAAACCUGGAACGGCGGCGGAACUCAGGCAAAGUGUCUCUGAGGCUGUGAGGACAUCGGUGAUUGUGGAGCAGCCUAAGGUAAUUGAGCCUUUGGACUAUGAGAACGUGGUGUUCCAGAGGAAAGCCCAAAUCCACAGUGACCCUCAGCGAGACCUCCUGCUGUGUCCUGUCGAUGACGUCUCGGAGUCUCAGAUCUCUCGUCAGAGGAGGACCGUGGUUCCCUCAGUGCCCCAGAAUGCAGAAAGGGACGCCAAGAGGCUGUUUGCCAAAGAGUGCAUCAAGACGUACAACAUGGACUGGCACGUCAUAAACUACAAAUAUGAAGCCUACUCUGGUGAUUUCCGCAUGCUCCCAAGUAAAGGCCUGAAGACAGACAAGCUUCCAGCUCACGUGUUUGAGAUCGAUGAAGACGCUAAAGAUGAGGACUCGUCCUCUCUGUGCUCUCAGAGAGGGGGUAUCAUGAAGCAGGGCUGGCUGCAGAAAGCCAACAUCAACAGCAGCCUGUCUGUCUCCAUGAGGGUGUUUAAGAGGAGGUAUUUCUACUUGUCCCAGCUGCCGGACGGCUCCUACAUCCUCAACUCCUACAAGGAUGAGAAGAAGUGCAAGGACACCAAAGGGUCCAUCUACUUGGACUCCUGUAUAGAUGUCAUUCAGUGCCCUAAAAUACGUCGUAACGGCUUUGAGCUAAAGAUGCAGGAGCGCUUCAGCCACUUCCUGGCUGCGGACAGCGAGGCGGAGAUGGAGGAGUGGGUGAUCACCCUGAAACAGGCCCUGCAGAGCAGCACUGAGGGAGGAGACCGGAAGAACGGAGGAGAUAGCCUAGACUGUGCCCUGGAUGAGGACAGCAGCAGCCAGGGGAAGGGAGAGAGUCUGGGGAGGAGCCUACACCCUGAACUCAUAAAGUAUGCUAGGGAAACCGACCAGCUCAAUAAAUUCAACAGGAAUGAAGGGAGACUAAAGCUGUUCUCUCUGGACCCUGAAACACAGAGGUUGGACUUCUCGGGUAUAGAGCCUGACGUGAAGCCGUUUGAGGAGCGUUUCGGCCGACGCAUCGCCGUCAGCUGCCAUGACCUCACCUUCAGCCUGCAGGGCUGUGUCAACGAGAGGGGGGACGGGGUUCUCACCAAUGUGGAGCCGUUCUUCAUCAGCCUGGCUCUGUUUGAUGUGUCUAAGAGCUGUAAGAUCUCCUCUGACUUCCAUGUGGACCUCAACCCCCCCUGUGUACGAGAGAUGCUGAACGACACCUCUCAACUCUCCCCUACAUCAGAGGGAGGAGGUGGUGGUGGUGGUGGAGGAGGAGGAGUGAACAGUGAUGCAGGGAAUGGGAAUGGUCUGCCCAUUCUACAGAGGGUGUCUGAGUCUCUGCUGCGUUUCCCUACUCAGGGUAUCUUCUCAGUGACCAACCCCCAUGCUGAUAUUUUUCUGGUGGCCAGAGUGGAGAAGGUCCUACAGAAUGGCAUUACACACUGUGCUGAGCCCUACAUCAAGACCUCAGACAUCAACAAGACUGCCCAGAAGGUUCUGAAAGCUGCCAAGCAGACGUGUCAGCGCCUGGGCCAGUAUAGGAUGCCCUUCGCCUGGGCUGCCAAGUGUUCCUGUACGGUGCACAUCCUCUUCACACCAAGGCAGGUGUUUAAUGAUGCCCAGGGCAGUCUGGACAUGGACGGGAAGUUCUCUCCUCUCUAUCGCCAGGACAGUAGCAAGAUCUCCACCGAUGACCUCAUCAAGAUGCUGGCUGACAUCAGGAAGCCAGAGAAGAACAAGCUGCAGAUGAUCCCUGGACAACUAAAUGUCACCAUCGAAUGUGUGCCUCCAGACUUCUCAAACACGGUGACCUCGUCCUACAUCCCAGUCAAGCCCUUUGAGGAGGAGUGUGAGAGGGUCUCCGUGGAGAUGGAGGAGUUUCUCCCGGAGGAGGCCAAGUACAACUACCCCUUCACUGUCUUCAAGAACCACCUGUAUGUCUAUCCCCUGCAGCUGAAAUACGACAACCAGAAGACCUUCGCCAAGGCAAGAAACGUAGCGGUGUGUGUGCAGUUCAGAGACUCGGACGAAGAAGGCGCGGCCCCUCUAAAGUGUAUCUACGGAAAGCCAGGGGAGGCACUCUUCACCACCAGUGCCUGUGCGGCCGUCCUCCACCACAACCAGAACCCUGAGUUCUAUGACGAGGUGAAGAUUGAGCUGCCAGUCCAUGUUCAUGAGAAACACCACAUCCUCUUUACCUUCUACCACAUCAGCUGUGAGAUAAGUACCAAGACCAGCACCAAGAAGAGAGAGGGAGUCCAGUCCCUGGUGGGCUACUCCUGGGCCCCUCUGUUGGAAGAUGGCAGGAUGCAGUCUAUAGAGCUACAGCUGCCUGUGUCUGCCACCCUGCCCCCUGGAUACCUGUUUGACAAGACCCAGGACGCCAAGAAGCCAGCGCCAGAUAUAAAAUGGGUAGAAAACUGCAAGCCCCUUUUCAAAGUGAAGACCAAUGUAGCUUCAACAAUAUACCCUGAAGAUCUGCACCUCCACAAGUUCUUCCAGCACUGCCAGCUGAUAAGGUCCUCCUCAGAGGGCAACCCAGCAGAACUCAUCAAGUAUCUUAAGUGCCUGCAUGCCAUGGAGGCUCAGGUGAUCAUUAAGUUCCUCCCCACUGUGCUGAUGCAGCUGUUUGAGGUGCUCACCACGGCAACCAAAGAAGCUCAAGAAAUCGCUGUCAACUCCACCCGUGUGAUUAUACACGUCGUUUCCCGGUGCCAUGAGGAAGGACUGGAAAACUACCUGCGUUCUUUUCUGAAGUAUGUGUUUGUGUCUGGGAACUCUGGGACCACUCAUGAAGUCCUGGCCACUGCAGUUACAGCCAUCCUCAAACAGACAGCAGAUUUCAACACCAGCAACAAGCUGCUCAAGUAUUCUUGGUUCUUCUUUGAGACAAUGGCCAAGUCCAUGGCCCAGUACCUCCAGGAGGGCAACAGGAUCAAGAUGCCCCGUGCCCAGAGGUUUCCAGACAGUUUCCACCAGGUGCUCCAGUCCUUGCUGUUGUCCAUCAUGCCUCACAUCACCAUCCGCCAUGUUGAGAUCCCAGAGGAGGCCCGCUGUGUCAACCUCAGCCUGGCUGGCUUCAUCAAGCGCUGUCUGACCUUCAUGAACAGAGGCUUUGCCUUCAGCCUGGUCAACGACUACAUGUGUGCCUUCACACUCAAAGACCCCAAGGUCUUGACGGAGAUGAAGUUUGACUUCUUGAUGACGGUGUGUAACCACGAGCACUACAUCCCGCUCAACCUGCCCAUGGCCUUCGGCCGCACCAAGCUGCAGAGAGUACAGGAUUUUAUUUCGUACGCGACGGAGCUUUUUGGCGUAGUAGACCAUAGCCUGGAGUCUGCGCUGACGGAGGAGUACUGUAAGAACCACUUCCUGGUGGGUCUGCUGCUGAGGGAGGUGGCGGAGGCCCUGCAGGGGUCACCAGAGGUCAGACAGCUGGCAGUGGCUGUGCUGAAGAACCUGCUUAUCAAACACUCCAUGGAUGACCGUUACACCCAGAACAAGAACCAGCAGGCCCGGAUCUGUCUGCUGUACCUUCCACUGCUUGAGCUGCUCUACCAGAACCUCAAGCAGCUGUCUGCCCAGCAACACACCUCUAGCCCUGGCCUGGGCUUCACUGGUUCCAGAGAUGACUUGAGAUCAACCAGCUCGAUGGACAGCCGCAGGACGAGCACGGCCAUCGAUAAAGACCACGGUCAGUGGGACAUCUGUCCUCAAUGUGUUAACCCCUCAUCGCUGGGCGUUUGCCUGUACGGUAGAGCAGGUCCAGGAGAUCAGAAUGGCCACCUGGUGAGGAGGGAGGACUCCAGAGGAUCUCUGUUCAUAGACCCUGGCACUCCAGACAGCUUUGAGCUUCACAGAAGGGGCUCUGAGCUUCACCGGCGGGGCUCCACUAUGAGCAGCAGUACUACUCUCCCUCCCAUAGGCAGACUGGGCCACUAUGAAGUCAAAGGACUGCUGCUGUGUUUCCUUCACAUCGUCAGGACCAUCUCAGAAGACACCCUGCUGGCCUACUGGAACAAGGUCAACCCUCAGGACAUCAUCAACUUCCUCAGUCUACUGGAGACGUGCCUGGUGCAGUUCCGUUAUGUUGGAAAGAAGAACAUUGGGAGGAGUCAGGAUGCCUGGGUAUCCAAGCUGUUCUCGUCAGACAUGAAGAAGCAGACCAUGCCUGUGAUGCGCUGCAGAGCCGGCCUCAUGCAGGUCAAACUGCAGCAGUUUAGCACCAUAGAGACCGCUCUCACACUCAACAUAGGGGCUUGUCCGUCAGAGGCAGAGGUCCAUCACCAGGCUCUGUUAGAGGGUAGUAUCUCUACAGAGGCCUGUCUCAGCGUACUGGAUGUCCUAUCACUCUUCAUUCAGUGCUUCAAGAACCAGCUGCUGGACAGUGAUGGCCACAACCCCCUGAUGAAGAAAGUGUUUGAUGUUUAUCUCAAAUUCCUGAAGGUUGGGCAAUCAGAGGCUGCCCUCAAACAUGUCUUUGCCUCCCUCAGGGCUUUCAUUAACAAGUUCCCGGUGGCGUUGUUUAAGGGCCGUGUGACUCUGUGUGCGGCUCUGUGCAAUGAGGUUCUGAAGUGCUGUGUAUCUAAGAUGGGUCUGCUGCGGGCCGAGGCCUCCGCUCUACUCUACCUGCUGAUGAGGAACAACUAUGAGUACACCAAGAGGAAGACCUUCCUACGCACUCACCUGCAGAUCAUCAUCGCAGUGAGCCAGCUGAUCUCAGAUGUGGCGCUGACCGGUAGCUCCCGCUUCCAGGAGUCCCUCUCUAUCAUCAACAACUUUGCCAACAGCGACAAAGCCAUGAAGUCGACAGCGUUCCCUGGGGAGGUGAAGGGACUGACGAAGCGUAUCCGGACGGUGCUGAUGGCCACGGCCCAAAUGAGGGAGCAUGAAAAGGACCCAGAGAUGCUGCUGGACCUGCAGUACAGCCUGGCUCGCUCCUACGCCUCCACCCCCGAGCUGCGACGCACCUGGCUGGAUAGCAUGGCCCGGGCACACAUCAAGAACGGAGACCUCUCUGAGGCUGCUAUGUGUUACGUCCACAUUGCUGCACUGGUGGCAGAAUAUCUCCACAGGAAAAAGAUGUUCCCCAGUGGCCUGGCUGCAUUCAAGAGGAUCACUCUGAACAUUGAAGAGGAGGCUGCCAUGAAGGAGGACACAGGCAUGCAGGAUGUCUACUACACUGAGGAGGUCCUAGUGGAACACCUGGAGCUGUGUGUGGAGGGGCUGUGGAAGGCAGAGCGAUACGAACUGAUCACACACAUCGCCAAGCUCAUCAUCCCUGUCUACGAGAAAUGGCAUGACUUUGAGAAACUGAGCCGUCUGUAUGACACACUGCACAGAGCUUACAAUAAGAUCCUGGAGGUGAUGCAUACAGGCCGGAGACUGCUGGGGACCUACUUCAGAGUGGCCUUCUAUGGACAGGGCUACUUUGAGGAGGAGGAUGGGAAGGAGUAUGUUUACAAGGAGCCCAAACUCACAGGUCUGUCGGAGAUCUCUCAGCGCCUUCUAUGGGUCUACGGGUACAAAUUUGGAGCUGAAAACGUCAAAAUCAUCCAGGACUCCAGCAAGGUCAACCCCAAAGACCUGGACAUCAAGUUUGCUUACAUCCAGGUCACCUUCGUCAAGGCUUACUUUGACGAGAAGGACUGUCCGGAAAAGAAGACAGACUUCGAGAAGUGCCACAACAUCAACCGCUUCAUGUUCGAGACGCCGUACACGCUGAUGGGGAAGACACAUGGCGGUGUGGAGGAGCAGUGCAAGAGGAGGACAGUGCUCACAACAGCCAACACGUUUCCGUAUGUGAAGAAGCGUGUGGAGGUGUUGGGGGAGAAGCAAGUAGAGCUGAAGCCUGUGGACGUGGCCAUCGACGAGAUGCAGGCGCGCACCGCCGAGCUGACCAAACUCUGCUCCUCCCAGGAGGUGGACAUGAUCCAGCUGCAGCUCAAAUUGCAGGGCUGUGUCUCUGUACAGGUCAAUGCAGGUCCUAUGGCGUACGCCAGAGCCUUUCUGGACGACUCCAAAACCAGCAAGUCCAACAAUAAGAAAGCCAUAGAGCUGAAGGAGGUGUUCAGGAGGUUUGUGGAGGCCUGUAGUAUGGCGCUGGACAUAAAUGAGCUUCUGAUCAAGGAGGACCAGUUUGAGUACCAUGAGGGCCUGAAGGGCAACUUCAAAGACAUUGUUAAGGAGCUGUCAGACAUCAUCCAUGAACAGAUCGUCCAGGAGGAUAUGAUGCAGUCACUGCUCCAGAACUCCUUACAUGUAUUCCGUGCUAUCAGUGGGACGACUACAGACCUGGGCUAAAGUCUACAGACCACACAUUUUUCACACAGAGUAUAGCUAUUUUUUACACACACGCACACAUGCAUUCUCCGCCAGCUGAACCUAAACCGGAUCUGUCAGCUUCCUGGUAAUGGCUGUCUUUUGUUAUGAUCAAUGCAAAGCUGUUGUUGCCUUGCACGCUGCAUCAAAUGGCUUGGUUGCUUGAGAGAAGUGGAAACACAACAUUACACUUAAGUGCUGGAGUCUAUUCUGCUAUGCUCUAAGGUUGCUUAUGUUAUAGGAAAAAACAAACAGUAACCAACCCAUCUGUCUGUACACUCUUAGAAAAAAGGGUUCCAAUAGGGUUCCAUGUGGAAACAGUUCUACAUGGAACCAAAAUAGUUGUACCUGGAACCAAAUAGUGUUAUUCAAAGGGUUCUCCAAUGGGGACUGCCGACGAACCCUUUUAGGUUCUAGAUAUAGAUGGGUUGGCUGACAACAUCACGCAAAUGAUGUGUGCGCAUCGAUGUGGCCGGAAGGCGUGUGUUGAUAUGAUUCUGAACGGUCAGAUAGCUAGCAGCAAUGACGAGAAGAUGCCAUGUGGGGAAUCAGGUGGCCCGUUUCAGCUCGUCGUGUCUUGUUAUUGAUACCAUGUAUUUGAGAGACAAGUGCUCAUUGUGCAAAUGUAUUUAUGUUUUCAAUAAACAUUUAGAGACUAAAUACAGUUUACAUGUUAUCAACAGUCUAAGCCCACCCUGUCUGUUUUGUCCCAUAGUUGCGCACGCGUCGGUUUUGUCGCUAAACAACCAACCCAUCUAUUAGAUGUAAGGAAAAUGUACAGUAAGGAAAGGAGAUUUAAUGAAGAAUACUCUGAUGUCAAAUUGUCAGUCACUCUGUAAUAACCCAAUGCUCAGACAGUUACUUUAGUUGUUGAGCUGUGUUGUGUGUUGUGAUAUGGGACCCCUGCUCUUUGACCGUAAGAUUGAUUAGCCUGGUCCCAGAUCUCUUAGUGCUGUCUCUUAGUGCUGUCUUGAGAACUCAUAGGCUGCGUUGACACAGACAGCCCAAUUCUGAACUUUUGACCAAUUAUGGGCAAAAGAUCUGAUCUGAUUGGUCAAAAGACCAAUUAUUGUGGGACCAGGCUAAUGGUUGUGAUUUUAUGCCUCUAUCACAGGGGUAUUCAAAUCCUACCCUUCAAGGUCCGGAAUACUGCUGUUUUUCCUCUUCUACCUGAUAAUUAGUUGCAUCCAUCUGGUGUCCCAGAUCUAAAUCAGUCCCUGAUUUAAAGGGGAAGAAUUGAAAAGUCUUUGAGGUCCAGGUUUGAAUUUGAGGGCUGUAUAAGCUAGCUGGUUCAAGUGAUCUAAUAGUGCCUACAUCUCUGCUCAGAAAAGUCUCCUGUUCAAGUAAUAAUAAAACUCCCAACACAUGCUGAUUGUAGAGUAUUUCACAAGUGCUACACUGAAAUUAGUAGACUGCUGAUGAUAAUAAUUUGCAGAUGUAUAUAAUAUAUUGUUAUGCUGUAAAAGAAGAAAAAUGUGUAUGUAUGUAAUGUAUGUAUUUAUAUUUGUACUGUUUUUGGAAAAAUGCAUGGUUGCAUCAGGUCUGGGAGAAAGGUGUUAUUUCUCUGAUUGUGUCUGACUUAUUUGCCAUUUUUAAUUACACUAUAUGUGUAAGUACAGGUGCUUGUUCAACAUAUUGCAUGUUUGUAAAGCCAUUUUUCAAUAAAAACAUAUUUUAAAAA